AUGUUAAAAUUAUUCAAUAAAGAAAAGAAGAAAGCUCCUUAAAUUCAAAAUGUGCUUACAAUUGAAGAAUUUUUCAAGAGAGAUGAAUAUGAGAUUAAUGAUGAGUUUUGGAAAAUGAAUGCUACUUAACUUGAAGAAACAUGUAAGAAAUAAGAAAAGUAUAUAAAAAAAUUGAAAACCUUAUAUGCUGCAGUAUAAUAGAUAUUUAAUAAAUUCAAUAGCAUUUAGAUUAUCUAGAAUAAUUAUUGAUAAAACAUGAAGAAGAAAAGAAGAAAUUAAGAACAGAAAUAGAAGAAUGGCAAAUUAAAAAUUGUAAUAUUUAAAUUGUAUCAUAAAUAUAUAGAAAGCAAUUUUGAACUUAAGCAAUAGAUUGAAGUUUAAUAUUAAUAGAUGUACGAAUAAUUUUCUACUCAAUCUUUACAAUAGAAAUAACCUUAAAUUAUAGAGGAACAUAAAUAAGAGCCAUAAAAUACAGAUUUAUUAGAAUUAGUUGAACCAAAGGAAGAAGAAAUAGAAAGAUUAAGAUUAUAAUGUAUAAAAGUAUGUGAAGAAAUGAGAAGAUUACAAGAAGAUAAUGAUGAUCUUAGCACUGCUUUAGAUGCAGAGAAAUAACAUAAAGAGUAAUUAAGAUAAUAAUUUGAAUAAUAAAAAGUAUAAUUUUAAUAAGAGAUAUCUGAGUUAGAAAAUAAAAUAAAAAAUAUAUAAAAUGAAGGAUAAACAAAUUUUUAAAAAUUAGAAGAUAAAAUAAGAAAUUAAAAAGAUUUAGAAUAAAAUAUAUCUGAAUUAUCAAAUAAAAUUCAUGAAUUGGAUAGUAAAUUAUUAUAAGAAAAAAUUAAAGUUGAUUAAAAAAAUAAAGAUUGUAUUAGAUUGGAAGAUUAAAUUAAUGAAUUAAAAAAUUAGAUUGAACAAAUGUCAAAUUAAAUAAAUAUAUAAAAAAGUAAAUUGUAAUUAUUAGAGACAAAAAGAUAGAAAGAUAAGGUUACAAUUAAUGAAUUAAAAAAUAAUAUUGCAUUAUCACAGAAUAAUAUUGAAUUAAUAUAAUUUUAACAAAAAAAUGAAUUAUAAAAUUUGAAUUUGCAAAUUAAUGAAUUAUAACUAAAAAGCAAUUUAUAUGAUUAACUUAAAGUAUAAUAUGAUUAAUUGCAAAAUUAAUUGAUGGAUAAAAAUGUAAAAGUUUAAUAAUUAUUUCAUUAAAUUUCAGAUAUGGAAUAAUAGAUAGAAUAAAAGAAUAAGUAUAAAAUUAAAUUAAUUAAAGAUAGUAAUAAAAUAAAGAUGAAAUACAAAUAUAAAAGGAUAUUGAAAGAGAAAAUUUAAUUUAACAUCUCACACUUAAAAGAGAGAAUGCAAGAGUAGAAAUUGAGUAAUUAAAUGAUAAGAUAAUAUCUUUAAUGAAAUUAGUGGAUUCUAUCAAAAGUAAAGCUUCAUAAAAUAAUGAUAUUUAAUAAAUUAUUAAGCAUAAUUCAGAUAUACUCAACAAAUCAGAAAUGCUAUAAAAAAGUAAUAGAAGGAUAUAAUUAUUUCCAACACUUCAUAAAUGUUUAACUGAAUUAAGAAAAUUGGAAGAUAAAUGUUAUAAAUUAUAUAUAUAGACUAUGAUAUCUGAUUUUUAGAAUAAAGAUUCAACAAUUUAGAUUGAAAGAUAUUUAAAUGAUAUUGGAAGAAGAUCUUAAGAAAUUAUAGAUCUUUUAGAUGAAAUGGGUUUGAAAUGA